AAACUGACCACCUUGCUCUGGUCACACACUCUCUAAAAUCAAUAUUAAAUUACACUUCGCGUUCCUUGCUUUUCUCUCUCUUUCUCUCUCUGGGUCUCCCCCGUUAUUCUCUCUGCGAGCUUCCCUCUUUUCGUCUGCCAAAGCGAGAAAAAUGGGGUUCUUCUCCUUUCUGGGUCGUGUUCUCUUUGCUUCUCUCUUCAUCCUCUCCGCAUGGCAGAUGUUUAAUGAAUUUGAUGCCAAUGGAGGACCUGUUUCAAAGGAGUUGAUUCCCAAGCUCAUUGUUGUGAAGAAAAAUUUGUCCUCUAAAUUGGGGGUAGGACUUCCAGAUAUUGAUGCCCGGCAAUUCAUUGGUACUAUCAUAUUUCUAAAGGGAGUUGGAGGGAUUUUGUUUGUGUUUGGCAGCACACUUGGGUCUUUUCUACUGCUGCUACAUCUGGCUCUUACUACUCCACUUCUAUACGAUUUCUAUAACUAUAGACCCGGCAAGCCUAAAUAUAAUCUGUUGCUGAAUGAAUUCAUGCUGAACACAGCACUUUUUGGAGCAUUGCUAUUCUUUAUUGGAAUGAAGAACUCAAUUCCCAGGAGACAACUCAGGAAGAAGACCCCAAAAGCCAAGACAACUUAGAAAAAUACAGCAAAAGAUGUUUUAGUGUGUUUGCCAAAAUGCUGAGUUUGGAGUAGUUACUUAGACCUAUUAAGAUUAUUUUGUUUAUUUGUCAGAUGCAUUAUAAUUUGAUUAUUGAUAUGCUUCCCCUUUCUCUUACUAUUCUCUAUUGUACUUGCGGACAAAGAAAUUAAGCUGAGUUAUGGUCACAUUUGAUGACCAAGACUUGGAAAGAAAUAGAUUU